CAAAGAGUGUGGUAGGUAACAGUCGUCAGCGCAAGGGUCAUUUCGUAGCUGGGAAGGGACUGCCCUCGCCCGCGGUGAUGGUGGUUAGCAAGAUGAACAAAGACGUGCAGAUGGGAGCAGCAGUUAACCAAAAGUUGAUAGAAACUGGAGAAAAAGAAAGCCUCAAAGAGUGGGUGAGAGCUAAAUUUAUUGAAUGUGGCUGGAAGGACCAGUUGAAGACGCGCUGUAAAGAGGUAAUUAAAGAAAAAGGACUAGAACACGUUACUGUUGAUGACUUGGUGGCUGAAAUAACACCAAAAGGCAGAGCCCUGGUACCUGACAGUGUAAAGAAGGAGCUCCUACAAAGAAUAAGAACAUUCCUUGCUCAGCAUGCCAGUCUCUAAGAUUGAAUUAG